GAAUAAUUUUUCAAACUUUAUAUUUUUGAAAACGUAAUAUAUUAAAAUAUCGUAAUUUCAAUUGUUCACGAAUUAAAUUAUACUUUGAGAAGUCCAAUGAAGUGCUGAGUUACAUUCUGAAACAACAAACUCAACUCUCAACAGAGAGAAGCAAGAGACCCUCAACCCCAAUCUGUUUGCUAAAUAUGCCUCUAAGCGCAACGAUGGUGGGAGCCCUGCUGGGACUGGGUACCCAGAUGUACUCCAAUGCCCUUCGCAAGCUUCCUUACAUGCGCCAUCCAUGGGAGCAUUUGCUGGGAAUGGGGCUGGGCGCGGUUUUCGCUAAUCAGAUGGUAAAGUGGGAAGUCAAAGCCCAGGAAGAUCUCGACAAGUUACUUCUCAAGGCCAAACAAGCCAAUGAACGCCGCUACUUUGAUGAUGAUGAAGACUAAAAGUUAGGUGGAACAUGUUGAAACGCAUUUGCUUUGGAAUUCACUUGUCAAAGAAUGUAGCAUCCGUGCUAGUUCUUGUUAUGGGUUGUAGACAAUUGUUUGCCUAAUCUAUUGUCACCUUUUCUGAGGUUUUAGCACUUCCCUUUCUGUAUGAUUUACUGCCCACGAGCUCUGCUAUGCAGCAAUAUUUGUUAAUGGCAAUUUGCAUGUUUGAGGUGUAUUUUUAAAAAUAAAAUCCUGUUGCUACAAACCUAUUUUGAAAAGGAGAUUAUAAAUAUGCAUAAAACAGCAAAUGCAUUGCUAAGUGUUGA